AGACGGUGUUUUCUCGGUGGAAAGAUGAUAUAUAAGAACUGUGGUUGUCAGAGUUAUCGCGUGAAGGAUCGAUGGUCAAUCUGACUCUGAAUGCGGCGAAUCUCUAUGUCGUCUUCCUCAGUACAGUCUCGGUGUUUGGCAAAUUCUCGUGGGGCGAUACGGAGUUUUUGUUCGCGUUUGGAGAUUCCUAUACAACUGAUGGUUACAAUAUAUCUGCUGGCAUAGAUUCCCCAGUCCCGGGCUUCACCUCUUCAAACGGGCCAAACUGGGUCGAAUUCCUCGGUGGGACUUACAACGUGACAGAUACAACAGUAUUCAACUUGGCUUCCGGAGGCGCGACAAUCGAUUCGGCGCUUGUGCCCCCGUUUCUUCCAACAGUCCUUUCCGUCGUAGACCAAGUAUCCCAAUUUCAAGAAUUCCUCGCACCGAAGCCUGUAGGCGCUGAAUGGAGUAGUUCGAACUCACUUUUCGCAAUUUGGAUCGGGAUAAAUGAUGUGGGUAAUUCGUUUCCAUGGACCAACAUCAGCCAGCCGAUAUUCUACGAGAAAUUGAUGGCGCGACUCACCAGCCAGGUUGAAAUCCUGUACAAUUCCGGAGCCCGUUCCUUCGUCUUCCUCACCGUUCCGCCUACGGACCGCGCCCCGCUCCAAAUUGAACAAGGUCCUGAAGUCGCAGCUCAGUUCAAAGGCUUCCUGGCGGAUUAUAAUAAUCAGCUCGACGCAACGGUAAAUAACUUUACCCAACAUCAUCCCGAUGUCGACUUGGCCGUGGUGUUUGACACUCGACCCAUUUUCAACACUUUAUUGGAUAAUUCGCAAACGUUCGGGUUCGUGAAUAUCACGGGGUAUUGCGAGGCGUAUGAGAAUGGGACACCGGGUAUGACGACGCAGGUGGAAGGAUGUGCUCCCGUGUCCAGCUAUUUCUGGCUUAAUACCUUGCACCCGUUGUUCACCGUUCACAAUAUUCUUGCGCAUGCUCUGUCUACUGCUCUCAGUACUUGAACUGCCUGUACCCAUGUCAGUUCGCUAUAUAGCAUAUGCUGGCAGAAUGGUAUCUGCGACAUCCUCAAUUAAGGACAUUUUGUUUUUUCUCGGUUGAGGCAUAUAUACAUCCUCUAACGUCCAUCGCAAUCACAUGGUAAGAUUUAGGAGCGAGUU